GGGUCACAUCAAUCUGUUCUUAAAACUUCAAAAUAUCAUUUUGGAAGACCCGAACAAAAUUCAAGAAAAACUAAAAUGCACUUUAGUCCACAUUUCGUGUGCUCAGAUGUCGUCUAUUCAACUCCUAUGUCGCCAUUCUCUCACAGAUAUCAGACUUAUUGUCAGGAAGAAGUCAAAGCAGAUGUAAAACCCAGCGUAUCUUUCUAUAUUCACUGUGAAAAUGCGCGGCAAGAACACUAUCCCAGAUAUGUGGUCAACUAUCGACGCAAAUUCUGUGAACGUAGUACCAAAUUAAAGAGGCAAGCUGUCGAGGAGCGUCGGCAGCUUUUCCUAAACGAUCGCGUCGAAUGCCUCAAGCAGCAAGGGGAUAGAGUGAGGCAAGUGGUUGCUGAUUACCACGCGAAACACAUGGAGAACUGGCUCAAAACGAGGGAGCACUUGGCCAGUGAUAUGGAGGAGCAUCGACAACGGCGUGAGCGGCAUUUAAUCGAGCGCCUGGAGACGCUGAGAAGGCACAACGAGCAGGUGAAGAGUCGCUGCGAGUUGCUGCGAUACGGAAACUAUCUGCGACGCAUAGCACGACAGCAUGAGGUUAGACGGAAACGCAGAAGUAUCUUUUAGUUGGCAAUACAUCCGGUUAGCUGGGCAUAUUUCCAACCGACAGAUCCUGUGUGCCUGUCCUCUGCUUCUGCCGCUGUCACUUCAACUCGAACUCAACGCACACUUGGUAUAGAACAACAUUUUUUUUAUGUAUUCAUUCCGUGUCGAGGCUUAAAAAAGUUGCACCAAAA